AUGGCGAAGAUGAUAAACAAGACGCUUGUACUAACUUAUAUCUACUUACUGAUCUACAUUCUACUUUCUUCUGGAGUUAUACUUUACAACAAGUGGGUUCUAUCUCCAAAAUACUUCAAUUUUCCACUUCCUAUAACAUUGACAAUGAUCCAUAUGGGAUUUUCUGGAUUUGUGGCAUUCCUUCUUAUUCGGGUAUUCAAGGUUGUCUCUCCUGUUAAAAUGACUUUCGAAAUAUACGUCACUUGUGUGGUACCUAUAAGCGCAUUCUUUGCAUCUAGCCUCUGGUUUGGCAAUACUGCAUAUUUGCACAUUUCAGUUGCCUUCAUACAGAUGCUCAAAGCAUUAAUGCCGGUAGCAACAUUCAUCAUGGCCGUUGUUUGUGGCACUGACAAAGCAAGGUGUGACGUGUUCAUGAACAUGCUGCUGGUCAGUGUUGGAGUUGUGGUAUCGUCUUAUGGGGAAAUUAAUUUCAAUAUAAUCGGCACGGUCUACCAGGUCAUGGGCAUCUUUGCUGAAGCACUUAGACUGGUGCUUACUCAAGUUCUUCUUCAGAAAAAGGGCUUGACAUUAAACCCAGUCACCAGCUUAUACUAUAUAGCCCCAUGCAGCUUUGUUUUCCUGUCAUUGCCUUGGUAUGUACUGGAGAAACCGAAUAUAGAAGUCUCGCAGAUCCAGUUCAACUUCUGGAUCUUUUUCUCAAACGCUCUCUGCGCACUUGCCUUAAACUUCUCCAUAUUCUUAGUAAUCGGAAGAACAGGAGCAGUAACCAUCCGCGUUGCUGGCGUUCUCAAAGACUGGAUUCUCAUAGCUCUCUCCACUGUCAUAUUUCCCGAGUCCACAAUCACUGGUCUGAACAUUAUCGGAUACGCAAUAGCGCUCUGUGGGGUUGUAAUGUACAAUUACAUUAAAAUCAAAGACGUAAAAGCGACUCAACCAAUCACUGAUAGCCUCCCAGAUCGAAUCACAAAGGAUUGGAAAGAGAAGCGGUCGUCGGAUGGGGAGAGCCCUAGAGGAGUGGAGCUAAACGAUGAGGAAGCUCCUUUGAUAACGUCACGGUUGUCUCAUAUUGGACGGACGCAGCUCGGAACCCACACGGCCGUCUGA